UAACACGCGUCAUUUCCUGCUAAAGUUCAACGCGGGUUCUUGCUAACACGCAGAGAGUUUGAGAUGAGCAGAAUAAAUUCAUUAGUUCGCCAAUAAUAACGUUAUUAGCUACACAUUAACUUGUUAUUGUACUUGACGGCGCUCGAGUGAAGCUUUGCAAAGAUGGGAGACGAUCCGGACUCUAUUCCAGAGAGAGAGAUGAAGGACUUUCAGUUCCGUCAGAUGAAGAAGAUCCGUGUGUUCGAGUCGUCUGCGGAUCUUCCUAAGGAGCGCUCCAGUCUCCUCGCCAUCUCCAACAAAUAUGGCCUGACUUUCGCUGGCAAAGACGAGAUGCUGAAAGUGUUCUGGACGAGAGAUGUGAUUGCAGCUGGCCGUCUGGAGGGAAACCCCAAUGACACAGUGGAGUGCUCCUGCGCUGUCACGGUGACCGUCGGUGUGGCGAUGCAUCACAUGGCUCUGAGCAGCGAUGAGCUCACACUGUCUGUGUGUGGGACGGGGGACACCGCUGAGCUCACGAUGGACUUCUACGAUGUCCGCACUUUCCUCAACAAGGGCAGACAGGAGAAGCGUCCCUUCACCUCUUUCAAACCCGCGGCUGCUGUAGACACGCUGAUCCAGGAUCUGAAGUGGAGUCCAGUGGACGCGUUCCGUCUGGCCGUGUGUCUGUCUGAUGGCAGUAUGAUGGUGCUGGAUGUUCAGGACUCUGUCAGCGUGGUCGCUCAGCUUCCUGCCUCUGAGGGAAUCACCUGCGUUUGCUGGAGUCCCAAAGGGAAGCAGGUGUCUGCUGGGAAAGAGGACGCCACAGUGGUUCAGUACACUCCUACCUUACAGGCAAAGAAAGUGAUCCCCUGUCCCAGCUUCUACAGUCAGGAUCACCCUGUCAAAGUGCUGGAUGUGUUGUGGUUAAGCACGUAUAACUUUGCGGUGGCAUAUGCAGCGGCUGAUGGCUCUUUGGAGACGCCACCAGAGCUGGUGGUUGUGUCAUUGCCCAAAAAGGAUGAAAAGAGAGAUGAGCGCUAUCUGAACUUCAACGACCUUGUGUACGGCACUUGCACCGAGAGGCAGCAUCACUACUACCUGUGCCAUAUCGAGGACUGGGAUUUGGUUUUGGCUUCAUCAGCAGCUGCCAUUGAAGUCAGCAUCAUCGCGAAACAAGAGGACAAGGUGAACUGGGAGCUGUGGCUGCUGGAAGACGCCAGUCGUGCGGAGCUUCCCGUCACAGAGAACAGCGAGGACACACUUCCUGUCGGCAUGGCCAUCGAUUACACCAGCCAAGAGGACAUACAACUGUCUGAUGAGAAGAGAUUGCCUCCAGCACCAACGCUGAUGCUGCUGUCUACAGAUGGAGUCCUGUGUCCUUUCUCUCUACUGAACCUCAACCCAGGGGUCAAGCAGCUGACCGUGGCUGCUGUCCCGCUGCCUGAGGUUGGAGAGAGAGCACCUGCCGCCAAGUCGUCGUCGUCCUCUGUUGCUCCCGCCUCUGCAGCAUCCUCCAUCUUCCCAUCUUUCCCAGCAUCUUCUGGCACGGCUCUGCCUCCAGCCACCUUAUCCUUCACAGCCUCUGCAGCAUCCUCCAUCUUCCCAUCUUUCCCAGCAUCUUCUGGCACAGCCCCGCCUCCAGCCACUUUAUCCUUCACAGCCCCACCACCAGCAGCCACUGCUGCCACCUCCUUGGCUCCGCCCUCCUCCGCGUCAUCCACUGGAUUCUCCUUCUCUCUUCCUGCUCCGGGUUCUACCUCCUCCUCAGGCUUCUCGCUGGGCUCUGCCACAGGAGGUUUCUCCUUCAGCGCUCCCAAACCCUCAUCCGAUGCUCCUGCCUUCUCCUUUGCUUCCUCAUUGGCUCCGAAGGAGGUCAGCAAUGCUCUGGUGGCCACUCCUCCCCAGCGUCCACCAGCGAUGUCCCCCAUCAUCAGCGGCCCCAAAGUGCCAGCAGAAACCCCCAACGCCUGCCAUCAGGAUGAACCUCGCUGACAGGUUUCUGGGAGUGGACUCUUUGGGGUCAGUCACAUCUGCUCCCCAACCGUUUUCUUUGACCUCCACACCCAAACCCACAGCAGUGGAAGUCAGCGGUCCAACGACAGCGGUACUUAAACCCGCUGCCCCUGCAGG